AUGAAUUACCAGUCUCUCAGCAUGGCACGCGAUGCCUCCGAGCCGCGGCUCCGCUCGGGAAGUAGACCAUCCUCGCGCGACCAGCCCGACCCCAUCGCCGCGGCGGCAAACACACGAGCGCCGACCACCUCCGCACAGAGCUUCACGCCCCGAUCUCUCAUCGUCGGCCUCAUUAUCGGUGCCUUGAUUACGUUCUCCAAUACCUACUUCGGCCUCCAGACAGGAUGGAUCAGUACCAUGGCCAUGCCGUCGGCCUUGAUCGGCUUCUCGGUCUUCAAGGUCCUUGCCAAUCAUCUAUCCUUCCCAUUCACGCCGAUCGAGAAUGUCCUGAUUCAGACCGUCGCUGGAGCGGUGGGAACUAUGCCUCUCGGUUGCGGGUUUGUCGGUGUCAUUCCUGCUCUAGAGUUCCUGCUGAAAGACGGCGAGGAUGGGCCGAAGGGUGACGGCGGGGAAGGCGAGGGUGGACCCCUCAAGCUGGGCUUUUGGAAAUUGGUUAUUUGGAGCUUGGGCGUCUGUCUGUUUGGCGUGGUUUUUGCCGUUCCUCUGCGAAAGGAAGUGAUUGUGCGGGAAAAAUUGCGGUUUCCAAGCGGCACUGCUUCGGCGUUGAUGCUUCGAGUCCUGCAUGGGGCUGGAAAAGACGAGAAGACACCGCUGUCACCUCAGGAUCACACCGUUGAACCGGAAGGACCUAGUGAACCUAUUCGUCAACAGGAAGAGGAGCAGGGUCUUUUGUUGAAGAAUGUCGACACUGAAGAUCAGGCGGCCCAUCAAAAGGAUUGGAGAUCGAAAAUGCGCCUUUUGGUCGGUGCUUUCGUAGUAUCUGGUGUUUAUACACUCUUUUCAUACUUCGUCCCCUUGGUUCGCGAUAUUCCUUUAUUCGGCGUGGGCCUCGCCUCCAACUGGCUAUGGACCCUUAACCCAUCGCCUGCAUACAUCGGACAGGGUAUCAUCAUGGGUCCAUCAACCUGUAUGCAUAUGCUUUUCGGUGCGGUUUUAGGAUGGGGAAUACUCUCUCCACUGGCCAAGGCUCGCGGAUGGGCUCCAGGGCCUGUGGACAGCUGGGAAGAUGGAAGCAAAGCAUGGAUCGUGUGGAUUUCUUUGGCAAUCAUGCUUGCCGAUUCCCUCGUCAGUCUUGGAUGGCUGGUGGCCAAGCCUCUCGUGAACCGCGCUCCCAGAUGGAUGGCUCUUUUCCGAUCGACUCGUGUCGGUCGAUGGGUCGCAUUACGGCUGCAGUCUUCCAAUUCCCACCAUCACUCUUACAUCAAUUACUCUGCGUUAGACUCCGAUGGCCAACCUUUGGCUCAUGAAAACCAUAUUCCCGUCACCGCCACCAUUGAAGAAGAAGAUGACGAUGCGCCGCCAUCGCAGCUUAUCUCUACUCGCACGGUUAUAAUUCUGCUCCCGCUGACCUUGAUCCUCAAUGUUAUUUGCAUGCACUACGUCUUCGGCGACAUCAUGUCCCCACUGUUGUCAAGUCUCGCUACUCUCCUCGCGGUCCUGUUAUCCGUCAUGGGUGUGCGCGCUCUGGGCGAAACAGACCUGAACCCAGUAUCUGGCAUCAGCAAACUCACCCAGCUUCUCUUCUCCCUCGCCACCCCAGCAUCUCAUUUCUCUCGACGAACAGCUCUGGUCACGAAUCUCCUGGCGGGUGCAGUCUCCGAAUCUGGUGCCCUCCAAGCCGGCGAUAUGAUGCAGGACCUAAAGACAGGCCACCUUCUCGGUGCAAGCCCGAAAGCCCAGUUCUACGGCCAAAUGAUAGGCAGUGUUGUCGGCGCCGCGCUCUCUACAGCUGUAUACAAAAUGUACGUGAGCGUCUACGAGAUUCCAGGCGAAAUGUUCCAGACGCCGACUGCGUAUGUCUGGAUCUUUACCGCGCGCCUUGUGACUGGCCAGGGCUUACCGGAUAUGGCCUGGCAAGCGUCUUUCAUUGCCGGUGUUAUCUGGAUGAUCAUCACUGCCGUCCGCAUUGCAACUGCAUCUCCUGCCUUUGCGCAGAACGGUAAACCACCAGCUUGGAGGGACUGGAUCCCCGGUGGUAUUGCUGUGGCAGUUGGCAUUUUCAACGUCCCAUCCUUCACUCUGGCGAGAGCUAUUGGUGGUGUCAUUGCCUGGUGGUGGUCACGAAAGCAUUCCACACCCUCCGCUCAACCUAUCUCCGUGGAGAAUAGUAAUGGAGUUAAUCCUGGCGCCUCGACAGGGGAGUCUACAGAGCUGCAAAGUGGGCAGGGAGGCUCUACGUCCGCUGAUCGGGAAAGUGCGAAAGCAGACGCCGCUUCUUCGACUGUUGUUGUCUUGGCGUCGGGUCUCAUUUUAGGCGAGGGGAUUUUGAGUAUUGUAAAUCUUCUUCUCGCGAGCGGACGCGUGCCUCACCUCUAG